AUGCCUGAUAUAUCUGAUGCAAGAUAUACUAGUAAUGGCAUUGAACAGCAAGGAUUUGUUCAGCAAUCUGAUAUCUUUAUGGAUUCAUGUGUUGUUGAGAUUCCUGACUCAUAUACUCUAAUGGAUCAACUUCACAAUAUUACUCCUUUUGAUAGAUUGCAUAGAGUAUUUGGUGAUGGUUAUAGUUUUAAAUAUAUAAGAUGCAGCACAAGUGUGACAAAUGGUAAUGUCUCUGUGUAUAAAGUAUCUGCUCCAAAUGUUGCAAUAGCUGAUCCUCCACUAACUGAUAUCUUUCUUAGGAUGCAUCAAGAACAUGUAUUUCUUCAAAACUAUGAUAUUACAAUGGAUUGUCUAAAUAUUUCUUCUAGAGCUAUUGUUAAGGAAUUUCUUCUUGAUAAUGGAAUUAGUAGCAAAGAUAUUCUUGAUGAUGAAAAUAAAGUUGGAGCAAACUGUAUUAGCUGGUUUACUGAAGAAGAUGAGAUAAGAAUAAGGAACAAGUAG